UCCAGAUCCAGCACGUCUACGUCACGUCUGUUCCUUCUUUUCUGUUCUCUCGCUUUACUUCCUUUCGUUUCGCUUCCCUUUCGAUAAGACAAACCAAUUGGCUGCGGUGCGGCAUUUAUAUUUGAAGCUUCUCGAAGAACACUCCCAAAGCAGACAAGCCAAAUGCUUUCCGUGCUGCAGUUGUGUGCCUACGAUGUACUGAACCGGUUCUGGGAUCUCGACAAUAUGGUCACUCCACGCGGCAUCCUGCUGCGGGACUCGUCCACCAGCCUGCAGGAGCUGGCGACCGACUUGGUUCGCUGCGGUGCCUGCAACACGCUGCCCCACGGCCAGGUCUUCCAGUGCGCCAACGGACAUCUGCUGUGCUUCUGCUGCUACCAGGUGCGCAUGCUGGACAAGAUGCAGGCCCUCUGUGCCACGUGCGGUGUGCGGAUCGAUGGCGAGCACAACAGGAACAGUGCCGUGGAGCGGGCACUGGCCGAGAUGCGAGUGCUCUGUGGGCAGUGCGGUGGCCGGAUGCCGCGCUCGGCCCUCCGCGCGCACACCCGGGAGUGCCCAAGCCGCGUGGUGCUCUGCAAGUUCCGGGUCCUGGGCUGCAACUGGAUUGGUGUGCAGCCCCAGGCCAGUCUCCAGCAGGUCACAACGAUCGAUGACCUCAACCUGGCCCUGGCCAAGUUGAUGUGCUCCGAGUACGAGGAAACGUUGCUGGUGAAAACGGAGAUGGAAGAGCUCUUGGAGUCCCCCAACACGACCACGCGUCAUAUCCACGUCCUUCCACAAGAAAAAGCAGCAGCAGAGACUCUGCAGCACGAUUAUUUGCCGGUUGUGCAGUUCCGUGCCCAUGAUCAGGACUGGUCGCUCCUCCUCAAGUGGCAGCCUCUCGCUGCGGGCGGUGAGAACGAAAAUCCCUUCGCACUGCUCCACUUCCGACUGCGACUCGAGCUGUCAGCCGAGCGCCCUGCCGGCGCCCUGCCCUUGCUCUUCUCCUACUGCCUGGAGGCCAGCGACUACUCCGAGGUGAGCUUCUUCCCGAACCGCUCCGAGCCCUGGCAGUUCUCCAGCGAGAACGCGCUGGGCCCCUCAUCGCUCAUCUACUGCCACACCAUGCUCCAGUGCGAGAAGCUGCUCGAGCGCGGACUCUACGUCCGCCUCAACCUCUGCCGCUGCUAGCCCCCCACUUCCCGCCGAUCCCGUCCAGGAACCCCCACCCCCACGAUCUCCUCCUUCGACUAGGCAAUGCGAGGACUUUGCUGCGCUGCGCUGCGGUGCGGAGUGCGGCGCCGGACGAUGAAUUGGCGAGGAAUCUGCAUCCAACUGCAGCAAGAUGUUUGCGUCCCCAUCCAACGGGGUGCACAAAAUACGAAAAUAUAAAAUCUU